UAUCAAAAAAAAAAAAAAAUAUAUAUAUAUAUAUAAGAAAAUUUUGAGCAAGAAAAACAGAUGCUCUUAUUUCAACAAGUAAUACAACAGUUAAAUAAAAAUUAAUAAAUUUUAUUAUUUUAUAUUGGUUAGUAUUCAACAAAGAAUAUAAUAUUUUUCUUUUUUCUUCAUAAAUCUAAUGUGAAGUAGAAAAAUAUACCCUGGACUUCUUUUUUUUUUUUGGCAACCCUAGACUUUUCUUUAUCCUUCACUAUUUACCCUAUAGUAUUUCUUCAAUGUUUCCACUUUAAAUUAUUUUAAUACUCACCAAUCACGCCUUAGCUGUUUUAAUGAUUUGAUGUAGAUGAUAAAUAAAGUUUUCAUCUUUCUAUUUUUGAGGACGACUGCGAUCGUAACACCAGUUUCUCAGCCAUUGGCUCUACCACUGUACCACGUUAUUUUACUUUUGAUCAACAGCUCUGUUUGGCUUUAAAUACUAACUUCAAUUCAGACAGCCGACAGAACAUCUCUCUCGCGCGUCCAGAUUUUAAUAUAGUUUAAAUAGAUUAUUUUUACUAUGAAUAGUUCUUUUAAUAGUAUAAAAGAGGUUCAUUGUUAAUAUAUGAGAACGAAACCUCACAGUCUAGAGCAACACAUGUGUUACACAAGCACAUAAAAUCUCUUUGUUUACUUUCUUUCCUUCUUGGGACAGCAUCUUCUGUUUCUUUUCUAUCCAGUUAUAACUCUCACAAGAAACACAAAAAUGAAGGUGACAUUCAAAGUGUGUUUCUGUUGUGCAAGAAGCUUCAAAGUUAAAUCAAGUGAGCCACCUCAAGAAAUCAAAACACUUUUCGACAAUUACUCCCAAAACGGCAGGAUAUCUGAAGAUGAAAUGCUCAGGUUCGUGAUCCAAGUGCAAGGAGAAACACACGCUGAUUCAAACUACGUGAAGGAUAUGUUCAACAUGCUCAAACAUCACGGCGUUUUCCACCCUGGUGGGCUUCAUCUUGAAGAAUUCUACCGUUACCUCCUCAGCGAUUUCAACUCUCCAUUACCUCUUUCCGGCGAGGUUUGGCAAGAUAUGAGUCAGCCUUUAUCGCAUUACUUCUUGUACACGGGACAUAACUCUUACUUGACUGGGAAUCAACUCAACAGUAGAAGCAGCACCGAGCCGAUUGUGAAGGCUCUGAAAAGAGGAGUUCGUGUCAUCGAGCUUGAUUUAUGGCCUAACUCUUCAGGAACCGAAGCUGAAGUUCGUCAUGGCGGGACGUUAACAAGUACCGAAGAUCUUCAGAAAUGUCUUAACGCGGUAAAGGAGAACGCAUUUGAGGUGUCUGACUAUCCUGUUGUACUUACUUUAGAAGACCAUUUGAAUCCAGAUCUUCAGAAGAAAGUCGCGAAGAUGGUGAGUAAGACUUUUGGAAGAACAUUGUUUCGAUGCAGGGGCGAAUACAAAAAGUGUUUUCCUUCGCCAGAAGCACUCAAGAAUAAGAUUUUGAUCUCAACAAAGCCACCAAAAGAGUAUCUCCAGACCCAUAUCUCUCAAGGAGCAACAACAAAUGAAUCUGUAAAUGCAGAAGAACUGAUUCAAGAUGAAGAUGACAAGACUGUAGCAGUGGAAUACAGAGAUUUGAUCUCGAUUCACGCUGGUAACCGUAAAGGAGGACUAAAGAACUGCUUGAAUGGGGAUCCUAUCCGAGUCAUGCGGUUAAGCAUGAGCGAGCAGUGGCUAGAAACUCUGGCUAAAACUCGUGGACCCGAUAUAGUAAAGUUCACUCAGAGGAAUAUUCUGAGGAUAUUUCCCAAGACUACACGUUUUGACUCAUCAAACUAUGAUCCUCUCGUUGGAUGGAUUCAUGGUGCUCAAAUGGUUGCCUUCAAUAUGCAAAGUCAUGGGAAGUUCUUGUGGAUGAUGCAAGGAAUGUUUAAAGCCAAUGGUGGAUGUGGUUAUGUGAAAAAGCCUGAUGUUUUGCUCUCUAAUGGUCCUGGAGGUGGAAAUUUUAACCCUUACAGUCAAGAUCUCCAGGUCAAGACAACUCUUAAGGUGAAGAUUUACAGUGGAGAAGGAUGGAAUCUAGAUUUUUCUCAAGAUCAUUUUGAUCGAUACUCUCCUCCCGAUUUCUACGCAAGGGUCGGAAUCGCAGGAAUACCUUUAGACACAAUAAGUUACAGAACAGAAACAGAUACAGACGAAUGGUUUCCGGUUUGGAAUGAAGAAUUCGAGUUCCCAUUGCGUGUUCCGGAGUUAGCCCUCCUGUGUAUCACAGUCAAAGACCACGACAAGAAUUCUCAGAACGAUUUCGCCGGCCAGACAUGUCUUCCGUUGUCGGAGAUCAGGCCCGGAAUUCGUGCCGUCCGACUCCAUGAUCGUCUCGGAGACGUCUUCAAGCACGCGAGACUGCUCGUGCGGUUUGUCUUCGAGCCUCGUGUGUUAAAAAAUUAAGUGACGGUAAGCUAGUCGUACGUACUAAGCAAGAGAUGCUAGAAUAAUUGAUUAAGAUGAGCAAAAUUAUUAAAUUUGUGGUUUUAAUUUUAUUAAAUUUCAAACAGCUGAUAAUAAUAUUUGUUUAAAGAGAUGAUGUGGUCCAGUAAUACCAAUUGUUUUCAUUAUGGCAACUCAAACUAAAGCAAAACUUCAUUGUG